AUGGACAAAUACCAAGGCAUAGGGGUGCAGCAGCAGGCGCUCUACAACACCAAGUUCAUGCCUGUUGAGUUUUCAUACACCAAAGCCAAGCUGUUCCGAUCUAUACACUCUUUACCUCUCCAAACCUCAUUUCACAAUCAAUUAACCAUAACCAACAAAAGAGCAGCAGAACAGAACUGCUUAACUCUCCUCCAACUCUGUGACUCUCUCCCCAAACUGACCCAACUCCAUGCUCACAUUUUCAAGCUGGGUCUCCGAAACAACCCACUAGUUCUCACCAAGUUCGCCUCCACGUCUUCAGACCUCAACGCUAUUGACUACGCUUCAACUUUCCUAUUCGCGGCAGACGCAAAAACUCAUCUUUAUGACUCCUUCCUUUUCAACACUGUCAUUAGAGCUUAUACUCAACCCCGUGAUUCCAAGCACAAUGGUAUAUAUUAUUAUAAACUUAUGCUUGAAUAUGGUGUUUUGGCUAAUAAAUUUACGUACCCAUUUGUUCUUAAAGCCUGUGCUGGUCUUGGGGACUUGAGUUUGGGUAAAACAGUACAUGGUUGUGUGUUGAAAGUUGGGUUUGAUGAUGAUGUUCAUGUUUUGAAUACCAUGGUUCAUAUGUAUGGUUGUUGCUGUGGGGGGAUUGAGUUUGGUAGGAAAGUGUUUGAUGAAAUGCCUAAGUCAGACCCUGUGUCAUGGAGUGCGAUAAUAGGUGGGUAUGCCCGGCUGGGUAUGUCGAUUGAGGCUGUUGGAUUGUUUAGGAAAAUGCAAAUUUCUGGUGUUAGGCCGGAUGAGAUUACUAUGGUUUCGGUUUUGUCUGCGUGUACUGAUUUGGGUGCACUUGAGCUUGGGAAAUGGGUGGAGUCUUAUGUUGAGAGGGAAAAUGUUGUAAAUAGUGUGGAGCUUUGUAACGCACUAAUUGACAUGUUUGCAAAGUGUGGUGAUGUUGACAAAGCUCUGAGGCUGUUUAGGAACAUGACUGAGAGGUCAAUUGUCUCUUGGACUUCUGUGAUUGUUGGUAUGGCAAUGCAUGGUCGUGGGCCAGAGGCUUUUUCAUUGUUUGAGGAGAUGAAAGGAGCUGGAGUGGUGCCUGAUGAUGUUGCCUUUAUCGGGUUGCUCAACGCUUGUAGUCAUUCUGGGCUAGUUGAGGAAGGCCAGCAACAUUUUUAUUCAAUGACAAAGGAUUUUGGGAUUGUACCUAAGAUAGAGCAUUAUGGAUGCAUGGUGGAUCUGUUAAGCAGGGCUGGACUUGUCAAAGAGGCACUAGAGUUUGUUCAGAAAAUGCCCAUUCAACCAAACCCCAUAAUUUGGAGAACCCUGAUAACUGCUUGCCGUGCCCAUGGUGAGCUCAAUCUUGGUGAAAGCAUCACAAAAGAACUGAUCAGAAAUGAACCCAUGCAUGAGUCUAAUUAUGUGUUACUUUCCAAUAUCUAUGCAAAACAGUUCCGCUGGGAAAGGAAAACCAAGAUUAGAGAGGUGAUGGAGAAGAAGGGAAUGAGAAAGAUCCCGGGGAGCACUAUGAUUGAGCUUGAUAAUGAAAUAUAUGAAUUUGUGGCCGGAGAUAAAAGUCAUAGUCAGUACAAAGAUAUUUACGAGAUGUUGGAUGAGAUGGGAAGGAAAUUGAAAAGGGCUGGAUAUGUUCCUACUACCUCAGAGGUGUUACUUGAUAUUGAUGAACAAGAUAAGGAGGAUGCUUUGAACAGGCAUAGUGAAAAGCUAGCUAUUGCGUUUGCCCUUUUGAAGACACCACCGGGAACUCCUAUAAGGAUUGUGAAGAAUUUGAGGGUGUGUGGCGAUUGUCAUUCUGCUACCAAGUUCAUCUCUAAGAUUUAUAAUCGAGAAAUUGUGGUGAGGGACAGAAACCGUUUUCACCACUUCAGAGAUGGGCUCUGCUCAUGUAAAGACUUCUGGUAG